AUGUCAUCACCACCAAAUAAAUCAGUGGAAAUUAUGGAGGAUUCAGUUAUCCAAAAUAUUUUUGGAGAAAGUAGUGAAGAAGAAUUAGAAUUUUCAUAUCAUACAUAUAAACGUAUUGAAAAUACAAGAGAAAAUAAAGAUGUCAAAGAAAUUGUAGUUCGUCUAUCUCAAAGACAUAGUUUAUGGGCACAUUUACCAUGGAAUGCUGGUAUUGCCUUAUCUGAUUAUUUUGAUGAACAUGUUGACUUUAAAAAUAAAAAUGUACUUGAACUUGGAUCAGGAGCAGGUUUACCAUCAUUUAUAGCAGGAUUGAAUGGAGCAAAAAAAGUAGUUUUAACAGAUUACCCAGACACAAAUUUAAUUGAAAAUUUAAAUUAUAAUAUUACAAAUUCAUUACCAGAGUCAGUUACAAAAGAUCGUAUAUAUGGUAAAGGACAUCUUUGGGGUAAAGAACCUGAAUCUUUAUUCCAAUAUUUAGAGAAUCCAUCAACUGAAAAAUUUGAUAUCAUCAUUCUUUCAGAUCUUAUUUUCAACCACGCAGCUCAUGAUAAAAUGUUAAUAUCUUGUUCAAAAUGUUUAUCAGAUGAUGGCGUUAUUUAUGUAACAUUUUCACACCAUAGACCAAAUAGAAUUGCAAAAGAUUUAGCUUUCUUUGAAAUUGCCACUGAAGAACCAUACAAUUUUACACCUGAAAAGUUUAAUGAACGUAGAAUGUGUGCAAUGUUUGAAAAUGAUUUGGGUCCUGAAGAAAUUCGUUCAACUGUUUGUUUUUAUACUUUAAAAAGAAAAUAA